CCAACUAUAACGAGCCCAAAAUUUAGCCUCCCGAAAGUCUGUUUCUGUCUAUAAAUCCGGAGCUCGAGAUCCACGCCGGCACCACGCACUUGUUUUCAUCGGAAGCUACGAUGGCGGCGACGAACGCCAUGGCGCUGCGCCUCUCCGUCGCGAUCGUCAUCUCCGUGCUCUCGCGGCAGGCCCUCGCCGCCGGCGAGGGAUCCAAGGAGGCGGACAGGAUCCCCCUGUUGCCCGGGCAGCCGUCGGGUGCGGUUCUCCAGCAGUAUUCCGGCUACAUCAGCCUCAAUGACACAUACGGGAAGUCGCUCUUCUACUACUUUGUGGAGGCCGACGCUGAUGCUGCCAAAAAACCGCUGGUUCUCUGGCUCAAUGGAGGGCCUGGCUGUUCGUCGUUUGGGAUCGGAGCGUUCCAGGAGAUCGGGCCGUUCCGCGUGGACACGGACGGCAAGACCCUCUGCAAGAACAAGUACACCUGGAACUCAGCGGCGAACGUGCUGUACCUGGAGAGCCCCGUGGGCGUGGGCUUCUCGUACGCAGCGGACACGGGGGUGUACAAGGUGAUGGGCGACAACAUGACCGCGAGCGACUCGCUGCAGUUCCUGCUCAGGUGGCUGGACCGGUUCCCCGAGUACAAGGGCCGCGACUUCUUCAUCGUCGGCGAGAGCUACGCCGGGCACUACAUCCCGGAGCUCGCCACCGCCAUCCAGGUCGCCAGGAUCACGCGCCCCGCGGAGACCCCCAUCAACCUCAAAGGAAUCUCCAUUGGGAACGCGAUCCUGGAGUUCGCGGCGGAGCAGAGCACGCUGUACGAGUACCUGUGGCAGCACGCGUUCCUGUCGGACACGGGGCACACGCUCAUCGCGCAGAGCUGCAAGGGCAUCGACGACAACUCGCCGCUCUGCUCGGGGGCCAAGGACACGGCCUACAACCAGCUCGGCAACAUCGACGUGUACAACCUCUACGCCGGGACCUGCCACGACAAGAAGGUCAAGCCCGUCGGCUCCAACUGCAUGGACCUGGCCGACCCCUGCGCCCAGUACUACGUGGACGCGUACCUCAACCAGCCCGAGGUGCAGAGGCUCAUCCACGCCAACACAGGGCUCAACUACUCGUGGACUAGAUGCAGAGGCAGCAACUACAACCUGUUCAAGUUCGGGGACUCGCCCUACCGGUCGAUGCUGCCGUACCUCAAGGCCAUCGUCAACAGCGGCAUCCGCGUCUGGAUCUUCAGCGGCGACCUGGACGCCAUGGUCCCCGUCACCGCCACCAAGCAGUCGAUGCACAAGCUCGGGCUCCCCGUCGUCGCCGACUGGCGCCCAUGGUCCACCGACGGCCUGGAGGUAACCUAAUAAGCACCGACUUCUAUCUAGAGCGUUCGUUGUGUGGUGACCACAAGGAUGGGUGACGCGUGGCAGGUCGCCGGGUACGUGAUCGAGUACAAGGGCCUGGUGUUGGUGACGGUGCGCGGGUCCGGGCACAUGGUGCCCAUCGACCAGCCGGACCGCGGCCUGGUGCUCUUCAAGUCCUUCCUGGAGGGGAAGCAGCUCCCCAAGUCCGCGCCCAUGGUCGACGAAUGACAAGGCAACGCAGCAGUCGAGCCCAGGGACUCGCCACCGGCACGGCCGGCCGCCGGACUUCCCCGUUCAGAUCAAGUCGGUCAUGCGUGGCGCGUACGAACUUUUAACUGCCGGAUUGUACCGUCCAAAGCUCUGCGAGUUGUACACUGUAUACAAUGUUUCGAUGGCGUCUAAGAAUUAAUUGUCUGACAUUUCUUGUUUGAGAAAAGAAAAAAUUGUCUGCGAUGUCUCGGCUGUCAACGUUCAGUGCCCAGUGCCAGGCAUAUACUAUUUUUUUUGGAAAACAUGUCCUACGAUACAAACAUUAAUGGUCCAAAUAAAUUUAACA